UCCGGGCGGAAGCGGCGACGUAGGCGGCGGGCGGCGGCUCAGUUUAAAUAAAGAAGAAAAGAAUGAAGCUGAGCGUGACACCAUGUACAACUGGGCCCACAGAAUUGAGAUGCCCUGGUUUCAAGGAAAUAGCAUGCAACUUGCCAAAUACUCCCUUCAACUCCUCAUGAGAAAUCUCUCUGCCUCUAAGACCAUUCUGCCUGUGCUGACCUUAUUUACAAAGGAUCCAUGCCCCCUUUGUGAUGAAGCCAAGGAAACACUGGAGCCUUACAAAAACAGGUUUAUUUUACAGGAGGUGGACAUCACACUUCCAGAAAACUCUGCUUGGUAUGAAAGGUAUAAAUUUGACAUCCCCGUCUUCCAUUUGAAUGGCCAGUUUCUGAUGAUGCAUCGAGUGGACAUCUCAAAACUUGAAAAGCAGCUCCAGAAACUUGAGCAGCAAGGUGCUGGAGGCUGGAGGACGCCUUCAUGAUCCUCCACCCACUCUUGUCCAGACGGCGUCUUCCUAAGGACAUGACCGUGGUGGCCUUUCCCGGCCUUAACAGACGUUCUGAACUGGGUGGUGCCCAAUAUAUGGUGACAUUACUCUUCUGACUGAUGGAAGUAUGGGAACAGUGUGGGAACUGUUUACCUGCUGGCAUUUUAUAAAAUGAGAGGAGCAUAUUGGCAGCAAGGGGAUAAUGGAGGAUGGGAGAAAUCCAUUUGUUUUAUUUAUUUUCCCUUUUGUAUUAAUAUGGAAGCCCUUUCACAUUCACUGGACAGUGCAGUUUAUAGGAAGAAGGUUCUGCAUCCCUGCUGCUGCCCUAAGGGCUUAACUUUUUAAUGAAAGAAUAAAUGCUCUUCCACUCAGUAGAUAAAGUGAAAUGUGAAUUGUUAAUAACUGUGCACAGUCAAUAAAGGGGUGUUUUAACAAAUACA